UUCCCAAAAGAAUCUUUCCGUACUUUAAAUCGAUGCAAAAACCUGCAGAAACUGCCAAUCAUUAACACCACCACCACCACCAAUUUUACUUAUUCAAACACCUAGUUCUCAAACCAUUUGAAACUCUGGAGAAGAACCAUUAAUGUGAAAAUCCAAAGAAAGAGCAAGGAAAAGGAUGUUGUUCAAAAUAUCAGUGAUCUUAGUAGUAGUAUUCCUGGGAUUGGUCUACCAGUUCAUUCAGCCUCCAGCACCAGAGCUCUGUGGCUCACCAAACGGUCCUCCCCUCACCUCUCCAAGAAUCCAACUAAGAGAUGGAAGGCAUCUAGCCUACAUGGAAACAGGAACUCCCAAAGAGAAAGCAAACUACAGAAUCAUCAUCGUGCAUGCCUUCAAUGAAUGCAAAGAACUGGGAAUAUUUGCAUCUCAGGAUUUAGUGGAAAAGUUACAAAUCUACUUCUUGUCCUAUGACAGACCCGGAUAUGGUGAGAGCGACCCAAAUCCCAGGCGUACUAUCAAGACUGAUGCCAUGGAUAUUGAGGAACUUGCUGAUCAGCUGAAGAUCGGGUCAAAGUUCUAUGUGUUCGGACCUUCAUUAGGAGGCUGCCUGCUCUGGGGUUUCCUAAAGUAUAUACCACACAGAUUGGAAGGAGCAGCGCUUAUAGGACCUCCCAUCAACUUGUGGUGGCCCUCUUUACCAGCCAAUUUAUCAAGAGAAGCAUACCGGAAAAAACUGGUAGAAGAUCAGCGUGUGUUGUGGAUCGCACACAAUGCUCCAUCCUUCCUGUAUUGGUGGAUGACCCAGCAGUGGUUUGCUUCAAGGAUUCCUGUCAAUAAAUUCCCUGAAUUACUAAGCAGGCAAGACAAGGAAAUAUUUCAGAAAAAGUUGACGAUGCCAAUAAUAGCUGAGUGCGAGAAGAAGGCUCAACAACAAGGCAUUUUUGAGUCAUUGCUUCGAGAUGUAAUGGUAAUCUUUGGAAAGUGGGACUUUGACCCCCUGCAUAUGAGCAAUCCAUUCCCUAACAAUGAGGGCACUGUCCAUCUGUGGCAUGGGUCUGAAGAUAAGAUGGUCCCAGUUCAGCUACAACACUAUGUUUCAAAGGCGCUUCCUUGGGUUCGAUACCAUGAGUAUCCUGAAGGAGGACAUCUGUUUUUGUUUGUUGACGGUUUCACCGACAUUAUCCUAAAGGCACUUCUUCUUGGGGAGGAACCCAGAUUGAUAAAAGAGUAGUCUGGGAAGUCACUUUGUCGUCAUGUCAUAAGUUUUAUAUUUUCUAGUCUCUAUCUUUUUGGGAACUAUUCCUGACAUCAGAGGAAUUUGAACCAGCACGUGUACCUCUGGAAGAGUAAUCAUUGCCAGAGAAGUUAUGCUCCUUUGAUUAUUCGUAAUAACUAUAUUGAUAGUGUGUGCAUAAGUAUACAUGAAUGCACAAAUACGCACACCAAAAAUGCAAUUUCCUAAUAUCUCCUAAAACCAAAAUAUUAUAAAAUGCACUUAAGAAGAAUGAGAUAGAGUAAAAUGGGUUGAAGGUAUUCUGGGUAGUAAACCACAAUGGUUGAAUGAAAUUCUGGAAAUAUAUAGCUUUAAUUUUCAGUUUUUGACAAAUAGAUAUGGCUUACAUAAUACAGAAAAAAGAGCAACUAAUUCCUAUGAUUUUAAGAUAUAUCAUUCGUAUUCACAAUUAUAAUCAAGAAACAUCUGCAGUAAUCUCAAGAAAAAUUUACAGAGAACUGUCAGCUUGAUAUGAAAUCAGAAACCACUUGCCAUGGAAACAAGCAAAUUCACUUCAUGAAGUAUAGAAGUAGUGUACCAAGCAUAAGCUGAUCACUUCGGACCGUCAUUAAUUUCAUCGAGGUUCCUCAUCAUCAUCAUGAAUAAAGGUGAAAAUGGGUCAGGUUAACCUGAAUCUGACUCGUAGUCGCCCAAUUAUUUAACCUCGUAAGCAGGAAAGUUAUGCAUGGGUAAACAGAGCCUCACUGAAAAUUUUCCAGGUUAGGUUCUGUUUAACAUUUUGAACAACCAGACCCAAACUAAACACGAAAUAGUAUUAUUUGUUGGUGAUAUGUUAAUAGAUACUUCUUGUCAUAAACAAUUCCAUCAAACUUGAAGAUACAAACUGUGUAAUUUUGUUAAUGAAUUGCUCAAAAGAUAUUUUUCUCGCUUCAGUUAAUACCUACUUUUUUGCGUAUAUUCUAAUAUAAAAAAGGGAAUCUAGUGCAACCCAAGUUCGCAAACAUGCAACAUUAUAAAUGUAUCAAGAUAUUAUCAGCUGAAAGACCUGUAACAACAAAUAGAAACUUUGGAACUGAACUCAUCAGCUUCUAGCUAUAGGAAGAGAAUCCUCUUAUGGCUUAAUGCACAAGAAGUAAAAUUUUUAAGCAUAAGACGGCAGGAAUAGUUACUCUCAGGUUAAAGGAUCACAACAGUUUCCCAAAGAUAGAAGCUGCACAGUAAAUACAUACAAGUAGGAAUUCUAUACCAUUAAGAGCACAAAAAUAACAAUACACUAAUAUGCACAGUAACUGACAGCAGAAAAAACUUAGGUCUGUUAUAAAUCAGAGUAGAUAUGGCUAUCUAUUCUAGUUGUAACUUACUAUAUAUGCUAUCUAAGAUGUUUAACAAGGAAACUAAAAAGCAGAUUGGUAACCUAUUUGACAUGUCACAAGUUUGAUGAUUACUUUUUUAACAAAGGCUAUAACACAAUGAUAACAUAUUUUGUUCUGAAGAAAUAUUGGAAAGAGCAACUGAGAAAUAGAUUCAUCUAGCAGACAUCAAAGAAAUGGGAGAUAACUGUUUGUUAAAUAAGAAAGCAUAAAAAAGGCUAAUGCUGGCUUCAGAUGGGUGUGCUGUUAUCUGACAGUAAUUUAAUAAACCUCGCAUUGUCUACCUUUUAAGAUAAGUAGUUAGAUAUGUUGUACAUGUUUGCUAGGUUAAGUUAGAGCAAGGAAUGUCUCUUUCCUGUCUGGUUAGGUAUAUGACCUUUUUUAUUUCGCCACUAAGAUUUUGUUUCAUCGUUAUCACCACCCAAUAAUGUUCACAAAUAAAUAUCAAGUGUCAUUCAAAUAGAUAUACAAGAUGCUGGCUUAAUGAUCGACAACAAUAUGCUAAGUGAAAUUUUAGAGUAAGCUUGCACGUGACUGUAUCCUUUGAUAUCACCGAGGAAACCAGUAACCGCUACUGCUACCCAAAAAAAAUAAGAUAGUAAAAAAUUGAAUUUUACUGCAUUAAAUGCAACUCGAUGAAUCGAAAUACAGUUACACGUUUCACAUAGCAGCAUACACCUUGCAUCACCGAGAUAUGACUGUAUGCAAUAUAUAAAAGAAUUAUUCACCAUGCAGAAUGGUUGGUAGGUAUAGCCAAAAUUUACCUCUGA